AUGGCGCUGAGAAGUCCUUAUUUUAAGGAAAUGAAUUUGAACGUUCACCAUAAACAAAGCACUCCGAAUCAGCAGCUAAAAGAAAAGGUUAGGAGAGAAGGAGCUUUUCCGAAGUUUAACUUUCCUACCAGUCACAAUACACCUAACAAUACCGGGGAUACAGUGAGUCUCAAAAUGGACAAGUUGGGAAAGGGCUCUGGAUUCAGGAGAAAUACCUUGGUUAGGUCUUGGCAACCAGCAACCACACCUCUGCGGCAACCAGCCUCAGCUCCACCUGUGUCUCUCGGCAGCGCCCAACCCAGAAGACCUGUCAUUGCACAACCGGCUGCUCGGGCCUGGGCAGAUGAGCAGGCAGCACUGCAGCAGGACCAGGUUCAACAGGAUAAGAUCUGGAGAGAGUCUGUGGAGGCUGAACAGAGAGGAAGAAAAAUCUGGUACCACAACUGGAGUUUCCUAAAGGACUAUGACCAAAUGGGUAAGAAAAAGGAGCAGAAGCCACUGCCAAACUAUAUGCCUGUGUUCUCAAGCAAAGUUCCCAACUCGACCAAUCAGACUAUUGGCAGUCGAAUAAAUACUGAACUUGGCAGGGCUCUGGUAAACAUGGAUUACUUCUUCAGCAGUGCAGCACGAAAGAGAAAACUUGAGAGUGAGCUCCAGCCUUCCUAG